GACGAGGAGGAUUUUCAAAGAUUAGAUGACUUCGCGCCAGUAUUCUCCAUCGCUGAUCCGAGGACCGAUGAUCCAUUGGAACACUCUCUACCACAAGGGGAGGGUGAAUACUUCCAUGAGCUAGAUCAACCCCAUCAGGGAGUAGGUGAGCCAAUAGAAGAUUAUGAGUCUGAACCACUAAUUAUAGAGACCCCUUAUCUACCUUAAAUCAAGACAUCAUGUGAAGAGCCGCCCGAGCUGGGGAUGAAGGCAUUCCCAAAGAGUCUAGAAUAAGCAUUCCUGGCCGACGAAGAAAAGCUGCAUGUUAUCAUCAACCGAUGUGACACUAUCAAAAGAACAUAAGGAGAGGCUAGUAGAAUUGCUCAAGCGACACAAGAAGGCUAUAGCCUGGUUGAUCACCGACAUUCAAGGGAUCCAUCCAUCGUUAUACACGCAUAAGAUUCUAAUGCAGGAAUAUCAUAUACUAGUGGUGGAACCCAAACAAUGUCUAAAUCCCCAUCUCAAGGACUUCGUGAAUAAAGAGAUGCUAAACCUAUUAACCAUAGGAAUCAUAUAUCCCAUUUCAAACAACAAAUGGGUCACCCCUACACAAGUGGUGCCAAAAAAGGGAGGAAUGAUAGUCGUACCCAAUGACAAUGAAGAUCUUAUUCCUAAAACAACAGUGACAUGAUGGAGGGUGUGGUUUGAUUAUAAAAAACUAAAUGACGCUACAAGGAAAUAUCACUUCCCUUUACCAUUCAUCGAUCAAAUGUUGGAGAAUCUUGUUGGUCAUUCCUUUUACUACUUCCUAGAUGGAAUGUCUGGCUGCUUCCAGAUUUUCAUUUCCCCUGAGGAUAAAGACUUCACUUGUCCCUAUGGAAACUUUGCCUAUCCAAGAAUACCAUUCGGACUGUGUAAUGCUCUGGCAACCUUCCAUAGAUGCAUGACGAAUAUCUUUGCCGAUUACAUGGGCCACAUAGUGGAAGCAUUCAUGGAUGACUUUUCUGUUUAUGGAGAAUCAUUUGAUCAUUGCUUAAAGAACCUCGAGAAGGUACGAAACCGAUAUGAGGAGACCAACAUAGCACUCAGUUGGGAGCAAAGCCACUUCAUGGUGACAUAAGGAAUCGUGCUAGGACACAAUAUUUCGAGCAAAGGAAUUGAGGUGGAUCGAACAAAGAUAGAAACCAUUGCCAUUCUUCCACCACCUACCUCUGUCAAAAUAAUAAGAAGCUUAUUGGGGCAUGCUAGAUUCUAUAGAUGAUUCAUCAAAGAUUACUCAAAGAUCACUCAACCAAUUACAAAGAGUCAAAGAUUAUGGAGAAGGAUGCAAUAUUUCACAUGGACAAGCAUUACCUAGCAACAUUUGAACUACUAAAUAAAAAAUUGACAAAGGCACCCAUCCUUACAUCACUAGACUGGUUAUUAGAAUUUGAAAUGAUGUGUGAUGCUAGUGAUUAUGCAUUUAGGGCUAUCCUAGGACAAAGAAAGGAUAAACGCUUCCAUCCAAUCUACUAUGUAGGCAAAACUAUGUAGGCAAAACACUCAAUGAGGCACAAAGAAACUACACAGCCAUGGAGAAGGAGCUCUUGGCAGUCAUCUUAGUCUUUGAUAGGUUUAGACCUUACCUUAUGAUCGCUAAGAUGAUAGUAUUCAUCGAUCCAUCAAGCAGUCUGGCACAUGAUGACUAAAAUAUAUGCAAAACCAAGACUUAUCCAUUAGGUAUUGCAAUGAGCGAUUCACCUUUGGACACCAGUGUGCGAAGCAGAGGAAUGGGCAGAUGAGGAGGGUGAGUGAAGGAAGGGCAUGACCAACCUUGAGGUCAAGGUUGUUCUGAUGCAGGGAGAGAUGAUAGAAACAAGAAUUUUUAGCACAUUUGGUUUUUCGGAUUGUUUUGUGGAUUCUUUAUGAUUAUGGUUUGAGGGUAAGUGGGAGUAUUAGAUAUUUUACUUAGUAAUUAAUAAUUGGGGUAGUAAAAGGGGACCUAGUAGAUUAUAUAUAGACUGUCAUUAGUGAGAAAUGCAUUAAGCAGUUAAGAAGCAAUCAAUCCAACCCCACAAUUAUCUCUCUCUUCUCCCUCUCCUUCAGCUAAACCCCUUUUCCCUUCUUCUUCUUCUUCUUCUUCUUCUUUCAACCUUUUCUUUGAAAUCCUCUCCCUAAUCUCCCUUUUCACUCGUACUUGAUAACAAUCCCACAUUGAUCUCUCCAUAUCCUAAUCCCUAGGUAGAACCAAACCUUUGGUUCUAUCAGUUAUGUAAAGAACUAGGUCUCCACAGACGUCAUGCCCAUCAAGAAUCUUGGAUAAAUGCUUUUGUGUUUCCUUCAGCCCACAGAAAGGUAAUUCCUCACACCGCUUAUGUACUCUUGCUACUAUUUUCACCUAGUUGGCAAAAUGUUUAUAACCCAUUUGUAGGCGAAAACCUUCACUUUUAGAGGAAUUCGCAUGCCCCAGAAACGAUCCAAGUUGUUGGCGUAUAGAGCUCCCCUAACAUCGCUUCUUGUCUCUCUCUCUCUCUCUCUAUCUAUCUAUAUAUAUAUAUAUAUAUAUAUAUAUAUAUAUGUUCGAGCCUAAUAACUCUCGGACCUGCUCCUCUGGACUUCGAUAUGACGGACUUCUCACCGGGCGCCUAGAUCCUGCAGAGACAAGCGCCUAAGGGCUUCGAGAUGCCCGUUAGCACUCCAACGCUCAAGUCAGAUCCAAGUCUAGAGAGAGAAGUACUUUGUAGAUUUUAGUGAGAGAAGCCAACCUGCUUAAAUGCUACCUACCGAGUACUAAUUAUACUCGUCGAGGCCCCGACCAGGCUCCUAGAAUCAAGCUCCACGUCAGCGCGUCAUUAAAUGCUCGGUACGGCCCAACGGUCGGGCGCCUCCACGUGGCAGUUCCUGAGCUCCUGGCACCUGGCGCCUGCAGGGACCACCUAGCCAGGUGGCAUACUCUCAGCACUCUGGUCCCCUUUUGUCGCUAUGCGCCUGCUGACUGUUGACUGGGCCUUACUCCUAUCUUUUAUCCCUAUCUCCUAAAGUGGGCUUGGGCCUGAGCACCUUGGAUGGGCCAAUGUCCCCCAAUAUCUCAACUAUGCACACUCCCAACAAUUGUCCCCCAGUUAGGCGCUCAUGGCAUGCCAUGAGUGUCUAAAUAUACGUAAUUCUACUGCCCAUGGCGUCCAAUCGACUACAAGCGUCCUAUCAACUAGAAAAUGAUCUGGGCGCCCUCGGCCUCUUUGCUUUAAUCGUUUAAAUCAUUUUUGGGCGCUCUGCUGGGUGUUUUCGUGAACAAAUCCUGGCCCCCCGUUCUUGCCCCGACCAUGGUUCCAUUGCCCCUUGUUGUUCCGUCCGCGUUUGAUCAUUCCUAAAGAGGCGCCCAAAUCCACUAGUUAGGCGCCGCAGCUAGUCCGCAUUUGAGUAUCCCUAAGAGAGCGCCAAAAUCAUCUAGUUAAGCGCCCCUGCUAACAAAAUUGUGGAGUUCAU